AUCUGUAAAAAGGAAUGGAUUUUUACUGAAAAAGUAGGGAUCUGUAAAUCAAGAAAGGUGGAAAACUUUCAGUAUGAAGAAGUUCCAAAUAAGAGAGUUUAUCAUACAGAUUCGAGGAUGAUUAGCAAAUUUUUACACAUGCUUCUGCUGCACACAGUAUUGCAGCUCCUCUAGUAUUAUAUUCACACAUGCAAAAAAGUAUACACACAUCUUUAAGGAGCAGAGAAACAACAUUUGAGUGCCUUCUAUAUGAUCUGCAUCUAAAAGUGAGAAAUUUUUCAGCUUCUUUUGGUUUUCUUAUAUUUUAGUGACACAAUGGACCUUGGGAGCAGAGGAAGAAUCCACUGUAACAUGAGACUCACCUGCUGUCUGCUAAUCAUGGCAGCAUUCUGCAUGACACCUUUCCUCUGCCAUAGUCAAAUUGAUCCACUAGCUCUUGGGCGGGCAGACCCCCAGUGUUGGGAAUCCUCCUCAGCUGUCUUACUGGAGAUGAGGAAGCCUCGCAUUUCUGACUCUGUCAGUGGCUUUUGGGACUUCAUGAUUUUUCUGAAAUCAUCAGAGAACUUGAAACAUGGGGCUUUGUUCUGGGACCUAGCUCAGCUCUUCUGGGAUAUCUAUGUGGACUGUGUGCUCUCCAGAACCCAUGGCCUAGGGAGAAGGCAGCUAGCAGAAGCUGAGCAGAAGAUUGCUACUCUACAUUCUCAGUUCACAGGGCGAAAUCAAGGGAUAUUUUCUCGUAUUCAGAGGUCGCCAGUUCUGAAGAAGAGAGACUCAUUUGAAGAUUUAAUAAGUAUCCACAUGCAUAAGACUAGACCUACAUCAUUUCAAAGAAUCACUGGAGAGUUAGGAAAAAAGAGGAAAUCACACUUUUAGUUCAAGAUCUUGAUUUGUAGGUAUUUUUUAACUACUUCUCUUUAUUUUUUUGCAUUCUAAUCCUCACUGAUGUCAAGUUACAUGGUAGAAGAAGGCCUGUAAGCAUGGGCACCCAUAUCUCUGAUUAACUUGGACUUACGUUUUUUUUCUAUUAAUUCCAUCUCCUUAAUAAACUGCAUGAUUUAUGAGCAGUUGCCUACUUUAACCUGUGUGUAUCUCAGGCCUUUUGUAAUAUAUGUGACCCAUUCACAGGUGGCACCAUUUUGUGUGCCAAAACAGGAAAUAACCGAUCCUUCAACAAAACACUGAGAAGCAGAGAAGGAAAUUGUCAAAAAACCUCCACUGGCUCCAAGACUGGAUUAGAAUCAAGAUGGUGAUUUUGAUUGUAUGUGUAGCUGUACGCUUUUACAAAACAAUCACUGCUCAAAGACAUCAUGAUACUAAAAGAAAAAUAGUACAUAUUUUUACAUGAAAAAUACCUUCCAAAAAUGUUUCAAGUUUUCCAGCAAAAGUAAAAGGGUUAACAGAUUUUACCAGCUCCUCUGCUUUCCCAAUAUAUUUUUAGGAUAUUUUCCCUAAAUUCUUAGUUAUUAAAAACACUACUUAAAAUGUUAC